GAUUUUAAGAUGUCAAAUUUCCCGAUUUCUAGUGCUUCCCUUUCUUCAAAUCUGUCAUCGUCUCCUGUCGUCGAUAAUGCUAGCAGAGCGAAUGGUAAUGUGAUCCGCAACACCGUGAUGCCGGGAGCUAGCAUAUGGGGAGAUCAAUUUCUUACAUAUGAUGAGCCAAAAGAUUUUGGUGUGGAGAAACAAGUUAUUGAAGAGUUAAAAAAAGAAGUGAGAAAUGAGCUUAUGAUCAAAGCUUCUGAUGAAUUUAUGCAGCAUAAGAAGUUGAUAGAGCUUAUUGAUGCAGUCCAACGCCUCGGAAUAGCCUAUCACUUUGAAGAGGAGAUAGACAAAGCCUUGAAACAUAUAUAUGUUACAUAUGGAGAACAAUGGGUCUAUAAUAUUAAGGACCUUCACAGCAUUUCUCUUUGGUUUCGUCUCCUACGACAACAAGGCUUCAACAUUUCAUCCGAAAUAUUCAUGAACCACAUGGACGAGAAGGGGAACUUUAGGGAAUCCUUAUGUACCGAUGCUCAAGGAAUGCUCGCUUUGUAUGAAGCAGCAUAUAUGAGGGUCGAGGGUGAACAAAUACUAGACAAAGCUCUCAAGUUCACUAAAAUCCACCUUGGCAAAAUAGUCAAGGAUCCUAGCUGUGACUCUUUUCUAAGAACCUUGAUACAACAAGCGCUAAAGCAGCCACUUCGCAAAAGAUUACCAAGGCUAGAGGCAGCGCGUUACAUUCCAAUCUACCAACAAGAAAAUUCCCACAAUGAGCUCUUAUUGAAGCUUGCAAAGUUAGAUUUUAACAUGCUUCAAUCCAUGCACAAAAAGGAGCUUAGCCAAAUAUGCAAAUGGUGGAAGGAUUUGGACAUGCAGAAUAAGCUGCCUUAUGUUCGAGACAGAUUAGUCGAAGGCUACUUUUGGAUAGUGGGAGUCUAUCCCGAGCCUCACCAUUCUCGUUCAAGGAAAUUCCUGAUCAAAACAAGCAUGUGGUUAGUCGUUAUGGAUGAUACAUUCGAUAAUUAUGCUACCUAUGAUGAACUUGAGAUUUUUACAGAAGCUGUUGAAAGAUGGUCUAUAAGUUGCUUAGAUGUGCUUCCAGAAUACAUGAAACUAAUAUAUCAAGAGCUACUUAAUAUGCACUCAGAGAUGGAGGAAUCUAUCGAAAAGGAAGGAAAAUCAUAUCAAAUUCACUAUGUUAAGGAGAUGGCGAAAGAAUACACUCGUAGCCUCUUAAAGGAAGCCAAAUGGUUAAACGACGGGUACAUGCCAACAUUAGACGAACACAUAGGUAAUUCAUUGGUAACGGGUGGAUAUCCCGUAAUCAUUGCCAGAUCUUACGUAGGCGGGGGUGAUAUGGUCAAUGAGGAAACCUUUAAAUGGGUGGCCACAUUUCCUCCUGUUGUUAAAGCUUCAUGUUUGAUUAUCAGGCUUAUGAAUGAUAUUGCCACACACAAGGAAGAACAAGAGCGAAACCAUGGUCCUUCAAGCAUAGAAUGCUACCAAAAGGAAUUUGGGGCAUCAGAGGAGGAAGCAUGUCAGUUUUUCUCGAACCAAGUUGAAGAAGCAUGGAAAGUUAUGAAUAGAGAGUCACUCGGGCCUACCCAUGUCCCAUUUCCUGUACUUAUGCCUCCGAUCAACUUUGCUCGUGCGUGUGAUGUCAUCUACAAAGACAACGAUAGCUACAAACAUGCCGGGGAAGAAAUGAUCAAUCACAUCAAAUCCUUCUUUGUUCACCCUAUGGUUAUUUAAUUAGUCUUAAAUUGAUGAUCGAUUUCAUCAUUUAAUUGCUGUUGUUUACAAAAUAACGAUGUGUGGUGUGUAAGAUUCAUCUAAGUGAAACAAGCAAUUAAUUAUUAUAUGUUGUUAAUUUUUAA